AUGAACCCUCAAAAGGAUAAAACAAAACAAAAUCAACGUUAUCUUCCUGAAAACCAAAGCAAGAAGCCACUAACAAACUCAACCAAACAAGUAUCUCUAACUCCCCACAAAUUUUGUUAUUUUCCCAAUAUUAUUCUUUCCACUCCUCAUGGUUCAAUGGUUACUAAGAAAGUUUCGAAUUUGAGUGGUGCCCACUUCAAGUUUUGCUCUAGGAAUAGUGGGUUUGAUGGGGUUUCCAGUGAUGUAUCUCGAGAAGCCGUUGAUGAGGAAAUUCAAGAGCUUGAAGGCAUUAAGUUGUUGAAAAAGCCUUCACCUGCUUUAAAAGUUGAUAUUGAGCAAGAGAAGCCUUCGGAAGAGGAGCCUUUAGCAUCGUUUUUCGAGAUUUUCCAAAGGGGUGAGGAUUAUGUGAAAGAAGUUGAAGAAGAUAAUGAGGUAGUGGAAGCUUCUGAGGAAAAAGAUAAUGUGAGUGAUGAGAAUGAAAAGGAAAAUGAUGAAAAAGAACAAGACAAUGAACAAGAAGAAGAUAAGAAGGAGGUUAAUGUUGAGUACUAUGAGCCGAAACCCGGGGAUUUUGUGGUUGGUGUUGUUGUUUCUGGUAAUGAAAACAAGCUUGAUGUGAAUGUUGGGGCAGACUUACUAGGUACAAUGUUAACCAAGGAAGUGCUUCCUUUGAAUGGUAAAGAAAUGGAGAAUUUGUUAUGUGAUAUGAAUAGGGAUGCAGAGGCUUUUACUGUUCGAGGGAAGAUGGGAAUUGUAAAGAAUGAUGAAGUAAUGGGUGGAGUAUCAGUGCCUGGAAGGCCUAUUGUAGAGACUGGAACCGUUUUGUUUGCCGAGGUUUUAGGUAGAACACUUAGUGGUAGGCCAUUGCUUUCUACUAGAAGACUCUUUCGCCGGAUUGCUUGGCGUCGAGUGAGGCAGAUACAACAGCUCAAUGAACCUAUUGAGGUUAGAAUUACAGAGUGGAAUACUGCCGGCUUGAUAACAAUGAUUGAGGGUUUGCGAGCUUUCCUAUCUAAAACUGAGCUUAUGACAAGAGUAAAUAGCUUUACUGACUUAAGAGAAAAUGUGGGGCGCCGAAUGUAUGUAGAAAUUACUCAAAUAGAUGAAGCUAAAAACAGUUUGGUACUUAGUGAAAAACAAGCUUGGGAAAAGCUAUAUCUUCGUGAAGGGACAGUUAUAGACGGAACAGUAAAAAAGAUCUAUCCGUAUGGAGCACUGAUUAGGAUAGGAAAAAGUGACAGAUAUGGAUUGCUGCAUGUUUCUAAUAUCACUCAAGCUGAAGUUACUUCUGUCAGCGACAUACUUUCCGUUAAAGAGGAGGUUAAGGUUCUUGUUUUGAAGUCAAUGUUCCCCGAUAAAAUUUCUCUAAGCACUGCAGCCCUUGAAAGUGAACCUGGCCUUUUUCUUUGGAAUAAAGAGAGAGUAUUUCUGGAAGCUGAUAUGAUGGCAGAGAAAUAUAAGCAGAAGCUACCUUCUCCUUAUGUCGCUACAAGAGGACCUUUGCCAACUAGUGAUUUACCCUUUGAAAAUGAAGCACUUUAUGCAAACUGGAUGUGGUUUAAGUUUGAAAAAUGA